AGCCGUGCUCGCCGUCCCUCUCUAAGCCCUUUAAAAGAUGCCCUAGAAUUUCCUUCGAGGGUUUGCAGAAUCUCCGAUUCCAAUCCCUUUCUAUUGAAAGCUAGCGCUUUUGUUGGGUUUCGUUGUGGAUUUUGUUUUUUCUCAUCUGGAAGUUUGAUCUCCUUUGGAUUCUGUUUUCACUCAGUAGGGGAAAGUUGGGAUGGUGCAGUUGAUGAAAUCCGCGAAUCUAAAGCAUGAGCCUGAAAAGAAGACAGCAGCGUGUCGUGAAAAGCCGCCGGUGAAGUUGGAGAUCGAGGACUCGUUUGAAGAAGAGCAUGGACCGCUCAAUAAGCGGUCAAAGCCUUCUCAGGCUUUCACGGAGCAAUGGAGUUCUGAAAGUAACGCAUCCCCUAUCCCUCCUUCGCAAUACAACCCGCUUGAUGAGCCUAGCCCUUUGGGUUUGCGGCUGAGGAAAAGCCCAUCGCUGUUAGAUUUAAUUGAAAUGAAGCUUUCUCAAGGGAGUGGUUCUGGUACAGGAGAUUUGCAGAGUGAAAGUUUUAGUGCAAUGGCUAAAACGGAAAGUAAGGUUACCGCUGUAUCAGGUACUACCGACAAACUGAAGGCUUCAAAUUUUCCAGCUUCGCUUCUGAGGAUCGGGAAUUGGGAGUAUAAAUCACGAUACGAAGGCGAUUUAGUGGCAAAGUGUUACUUUGCUAAGCAUAAGCUUGUUUGGGAAGUUCUUGAAGGUGGUCUGAAAAGUAAAAUAGAAAUACAAUGGUCAGAUAUAAUGGCUCUGAAGGCGAAUUGUCCCGAUAAUGGACCUGGUACAUUAAAUGUUGUGUUGUCUAGACAGCCCCUUUUCUUCAGGGAAACCAACCCGCAGCCUAGAAAGCACACCUUAUGGCAGGCAACGGCAGAUUUUACCGAUGAGCAGGCUAGUAUACACAGGCAACAUUUUCUGCAAUGCCCACUAGGCUCAUUAAACAAGCAUUUUGAAAAGCUUAUCCAGUGUGACGUGCGCCUUAGCUUCUUAAGCCAACAGCCUGAGAUAGUUUUGGAUUCACCUUACUUUGAACCACGACCUUCUGUAUUUGAAGGCCCUGAAGUAUCUAAAGACCAUAGUUUUGAUCAAGUCGGUAGUGGUAGAGGACCCAUGUCUGGUUUCCUGGAUGUAGCAUCAUCGACUGCAACACAAUCUUCUGCAUUGAAGAUUGGACAAAAACAGGAUUCUGCCGGUUUGGCAUUGGAAAAUCAAUCACAAGAAGCUCCAUCCCCCAGUUCAGUGAUGGACACUCGUGCAAUUGAAGGUAAUGGAAGUUCCGAAGUUGAUUCCGCGGAUCCAAGAAACUGGGACCAGAUAAAAUUGACUGGGAUCCAUCCAUCCAUGUUGAUGAGUGAUUUAAUGAGCCAUAUUGGACAUUGUAUCUCAGAACAGAUGACUUCUGGAGCUAUGCCCACCACUGAUGAAGGUUCAGAAUACCAUGGAAUACUGGAGAACAUUGCUCAGUACCUGCUCAAUGACAAUCAGUUUACGACCGCCUCUGAUGAUAAAUCCCUCAUGUCAAGGGUCAAUUCCCUCUGCUGCCUUCUGCAGAAGGACACUGCUACAGUUCAGAAUUCCCAGGGAAAUGAGGAAAGUUGUGACGAGAGGCUCGAUGACGGAACAGUCGUUCAAGUUAAGCACAAUCCUGAGCAAAGUCAUGAUAAUAAACGUAGCUCUGAUUGGAAGGUUUCUGAACAAGACACAAGGGAUGUAUCUGGCAGCAGGCAGGUGCCAGCCAUGUCGAGGAAAGACUCAUUUGGGGACCUGCUGCAUCAUCUCCCUAGAAUUGCAUCCCUCCCAAAGUUCUUAUUUAACAUUUCAGAAGAAGAUGGUGACAGUCAAUCCCCAUAGUUCUCUUGUUAAACGUUCCAGAAAUUUCAAGAAUAAGCUAGAUUGCAAAGUCUCUCUCCCUGUCCGUCUCCCUCAUUGAAGAUUUAGAUGAUGUUUAAUAUAAAAUCUAAUAUCUCCAAAGAGGCGAUUGUCUUUUACUUGAACCUUGGUGAGUUUUGGGAUUCGGAAAUUGGGUUUGAUGAUGAAUCCUGCUCAAGUCCAGUGUAAAGAUCUUUGUAUUAGGUUUUGUAACUUCAUUGUUACAUGUCUCUUCGUCUCCUCUGAACAGCGCUCUAUGUGAUCUAUUUGUACAAUUCAAUGCUAAAAUCAAUAUAUAUUAUGUUUCUUUGGUGAUUUA